AUGGCUCCACAUCAACCGAAGCUGGUGCUGUCAUGCCUACUAUUUCUUGUAGCGUGGAUUCAGCCCUGCUACAGUUCCGCUCUCUACGCCUACGCUACCGACCGAACGACCCAAGUUGGCAUCCAAGAUCCCGCGACAGGCAAGAUCUACUACAGCAACUGCAAUAGCGAAGAUACACCGAUCUUUCCUCUCGAUAAACCGAAUGUCCUCGAAACAGAUCACAAGCCACGAAAUGGCACUGCGCUUGCGGGAGUCGGCUGGUGGGACAACCAAAAGAUCAUUGCCUCCAUCUUCUGGCAGUCAGAAGACAGCGUCAUAGUAAACGGAUACUAUGAAUGCGACAUGGAAACGGGAAAGCUCAAGCGCGUCGGCGAAUACACUAUCUCGUCAACCGCAGAAGUCGGUUCUGUCCACAGCGAGUCGGGUAUCGCUGUUGACCUUCUUGGCGGCGGUGAAGAUGACGGAUAUCGUGUCUUCUACCACAACGAGGACAGGCAGAUCAAAAUGAUGUCGUAUACUGAUGACACCAAUUGGAUCGAUGCGGGCAACGUGUCGCAGGAUUCUGCAGAUGGACUUGCAAUCGGAACUGUCUUCUAUGACAAGAAGAAUAUGACGGUAGCAUUCCCCAAGGGAGAGGACAACAUUGAGACGAGUCGUCUACAGAAGACUGGGAAUUGGACGCUCACUGCUUUCCCACAACAACUAGCAGCCAAUUACACAAACAACACCGCUGCAGCGAAAAUCCAAAUGAGCUCCGAAACCCCCGAAUUCUCCCUCCCAGGAUGGAACGCCUCUAUCGAAGCCAUAGGCAUGGCCACCGAUCAAUCACGGACCCGAAGUCUUUUCUACCUCGGCGAUGAUAAAGAACUCCGCGAAGCGAUCGCGAUCUGGGGCAAGAACGACUGGCAAAUGGCACCGAAUAGAUCCGAAAAGAUAUGGCCUCUUGCUGACGACCCCAGUGCCGGUCUCGCAGUGGCAUAUCAUCAGGGCCAAGGAAUGACGUGGAUCUAUUACUGGUCCAACGAGACGAUUGUGCAGGCUCAUAAGAACCAUGACGGUGAAUGGGAAAAGGCUAUUGCUCUGCCGCAAACGGUUCCGAAGAACGAGACCAAGUCGGAUGAGCCAACAGACGACUUUGAGCCGGUUCCCGAGGACACUGGCUUAACCACUGGUGCCAAGGCUGGAGUCGGCGUAGGAGUCGCUGCUGGUGUCAUUGCCCUGGGUGCGCUCAUCUGGUUCUUCAUGAAGCGACGCAAUACCCAGACGCCCCCGCAGAAGGAAGACGUCGCUGUUGCUGAAGCUGGAGGUACUCCUGUCACAGUCCCAGCGCCAAUGUACGAGAAGGAUACGUACAAGACAGGCGAUGCAUCGACUCCUGCUGAGAUGAGUGGUGAUGGUGGGCCUGUUGAGAUGGAUAAUCAGACUUCAUUUGUUUAUGAGUUACCAGGAAACGAUAGAAGGUGA